AACACGUGGAUCAACAUGUCGUCCCGCGGGCAGGACGCGGCGCUGCUCGGCGUGUGUGACGGGGAGCUGGACUCCGGGCGCCACCGGACCUCUUACCUGACCAACAAGGUCGGGGGGGAGCCGGACUGGCCGGACUGGCCGCGGCCGGAGUCUCCGUGCUGCGGGCGGUGCGGCGGCGCCGCGGCGCUGCUGCUGCAGGUGUACUGCCCCCUGGCGGCCUCCCGCUACCACCGCACCCUGCACGUGUUCGCCUGCCCGAGCUCCGCCUGCAGCGGCCGGCCCGAGGCCUGGACGGCGCUGCGCUGCCAGGGCCUGGAGGCCCCGGGGGCCCCGGGGGGGCCGGGGGGCCCCAGCCCGCCUCGGCAGGAGGCCACGGACUGGUGCGACAGCGCCGAGGACUGGGGGGAGGAGGAGGAGGAGGAGGAACCAGGGAGGACUGGAGGAGGAGAGGAGAUCCAGGUCCAGGACGGGACGGAAGGUGGGCUUUUAAGGCUGUCCUCUGCUAACAAAGAGAAAGCUCCGGUGUGCGAGACAGACGUCAGCCGUCAGCUCCAGGACCUCAGUCUGACACCGCUCAAGGACGUCCCCACGUUUCGUCCGUUCUUCAUCAGCGUGGCGGAGGAGUCUGACUUUUGUGGAGAGGAUAAAGUCCUGGACCACGCGCAGCAGCUGCUGAAGGACUACGAGAGGAGAGAGGGAAGGGUGGCGGGAGGGCUGGAGGAGGAGGAAGAGGGCGGCGGAGGAGGAGAGAAGUACGAGAAGAGCAAAGCCAGACACGGAGACGCCGUCUUCUCCAGGUUCAUGAAGACCGUCUCACUGUGUCCGCAGCAGAUCCUGCGCUACUGUCGCGGUGGGAGUCCUGUGUUUGUCACCAAGCCUCCGUCCAGCAUGGAGCAGGUGGUUCCACGCUGCAGCCGCUGCGGAGGCAGCAGGACGUUUGAGCUGCAGCUGAUGCCGGCUCUGGUCGGCCUGCUGCAGAGGACGGACGGCAGCGCCCAGGCGGAGCUGGAGUUCAGCACCGUGCUGGUUUACACCUGCACGGACAGCUGCUGGACGGAGGGAGCACACACUCCCCUGGAGGAGUUCUGCUUCGUCCAGGCAGACCCCGACCAGCAGCUCUUUAAAUGACUCCACCGCUGGAUUCACGUCGGUGUUCCAGCUCGGCAUUAAAGUACUCGAGACUCACAACCUGAGACGCUUUUCUUUAUUUUCACUUCAACUUCACACCACAGCAGUUCAGUCUGAACAGUAAGAAUGUCACUUAAAGGAAACAUACAAAGCUAUAAAAAUGUACGUGAGCUGAAGGACUUCAGUUUUUUUUUUUUUUACUGGAUCAGAUCCAGAGUAUCAAAAAUAGAUUUAUUUUUUUCAUAUUCACUGGCCAAUAAAUAAUGAAAGGAU